AUGUCUCGCCUUGUCGAUAGACUUCCUACACCGGAGAAGGUGAAGGAGAAGAAAGUGAUUGUGCUCAGUCGCAGUCGUGUUGGAACUUUCUCUCUCUACCAAGCUCUCGCAACAUUAGGAUACAAGCCUUACCAUAUGUACGAGGUGGCCAUGAAUGGCACCACUCAUCUCGAGCUCUUCGAAGAGGCUAUACGUUGCAAAUACUCAGGCAAAGAUAAACCAUAUGGCAAAGCCGAAUUUGACAAAUGGCUCUGCAACUAUGAUGCCAUCGUUGAAAUCCCCCAAUUUUUCAUCGAAGAGUUUGUCGAGUUUUACCCCAACGCGAAAUUUAUACUCGUCGAACGCGAUGUCGACGCUUGGGAGCGUUCGUUGAAUAAUACUAUCAAGGGCGUUUUCGAGGCUUGCAGAUCGUUCCCCAUGAAUGUCACCCAACAUGUUGAUCCUUUCAUCAAGGGGUUUGUCGCUCUCCACAAUACGUUUGAAGACGUCAUGUUCCACGGAAAAGGUGUAAACGGGGGCAUGGAAGACGCCAAGAAGGAUAGUAUAUCAGACGCCAAAAAGGCAAAGAGACUGGCUCCAAAGGAUCAGCUUUUGACCUGCACCCUAGAAGGUGGUUUUGGUUGGGAAGAGAUUUGUCCCUUCCUUGAGAAAGACAUUCCCAAGACACCGUACCCUAGAGGUAACGCUCCCGCUCAGUUCGAACAUCUUGUGAAAACAGUCCUUGGCCCUCGUAUCAGAAACUCGGUUUUGAAGCUUUUGGGGACGGUACUCGUGCCAGCAGUUAGCAUUGGCAUGUGGUUUUACGUGAAAAGGCGUUAA